AUGAAACACAGGAAAAUUGACCCGGCCGAACGGACCAAUCGAAAGCGUGUGAUCUGCCUACGAUGCGACAAAGUACUAAACGCAGAUAAUACGACAUAUCACCAGCAAUCAAUACACAAAGGACUGACGCCGAAGUUUCAAGAUAUAGUCGAAAAAUCCCAACGGCUCCUGAAUUUUGAAUCUUUCAAACCUGUCGAACUUUUGAGUGAGGUAUAAUUUGAAAUUUUUUUAUAAUAAUAUAAUUGAUGCAGACAUGCAGUAGCCAGACUGAGAUUUUGUACAGCUGUAUUAUGUCUGUUUAUCGGCAUGUUGCUGUGUGUACUUCGAUUCUAUUUGAUUCCAUUUGGAAACAACUAGUGUAUGCAAAAAGCAAGACAGACGGUGUGUAUAGUCGAAGAAGUAUAGAACAUUUAAAUGAGGUUAUGAUAUAGAUUUUAUGCUAAUAUAAUGUAUUUUUAUGUAUAAUAUCUAUUUUUGGAUAGUCUAUUGGUUCCUGUCAACAGCCAACAAAAUGCGAAACAAGUUUACAACAGCUUCAAACACAGUCAAGAUCAAGGGAGUCGACUUCUUAUGACGCGAGCUGGGCUCCUGUUCAAAAGGAAGUUGAUGUAGAAAUAGAGAUUGACCAGUCGAGCUUGCCCGACGCUGACGUCCACCAAAAUAUUUCAUCUGAUUCUGCAACUGCCGAAAACGAAAAACAACAAACAAUCUGUUCACAAGCAUCAGUUAUAGUGUCUGAAUCGAUUUUUGAAGGAUCUGAAACAGCUGAAACGGACGUGAACGAUCGUGAAUGUCGUAAAAUUGAUCUUGUACGCACAGAAACUGAAUUGCCACCAUUGCCAAACAGCACUGCCACCAUUCCCGAAUUGAUGCUUGAAGAUACUGAAAAUACACUCGAAAACGCUGAUAAUGAGUUCCGAGAAAUUAUCUAG